AUGCCGAGCGCCCUCAACCUCGCAUCCAAGGAGGCGGCCGCCCGGAAGCGCCACGAGAAGGCCGCUAAGGCUGAGCAAGCUCGAAGGAAUCUGCAGGGCACGGGCGAGAGCGACAAGAAAUUCUGGGGCGACGUGCCCGGCGCCUACGAACGCCAAUUCCUUGGAAUUAACAUCCUCCCCGGCUCCGUUGACGCCGUGCUUCCAAGCAAACGCGCGGUGAAGAACGGCUACAGCGACCUGAGCGUGCAAGUGAAGCGCGCCCGACGGAGGGCUGUUGAGCCCACUAAUCGGCUUACUUCCGAGCCGCUCGAGGAGGCCGCCGCGUCGAGCGCCGCGUCGUCGCUCGUGGUUGCUGCUGAUGAGCUCGACGAGGGCGCCUUCCUCCGGCGCUUCCUCGCCUUCCGCCAGUACGUCGAGAUGCUGCUGCAGUACCUGCCGUCCAAGACGGCGCGCAACAAGCCGUGGAGACUAACGGUCCGGCGCAACCAGCUCUGCCAAGAUGUCGUUGGGCAUUUCUCGCCCGCCAUCAAGGCGGCAGACACCAAGCUCAAGCUCUUCCAGCGCACCGAGGGGACCUUCGUUGUGCACGGCAGCAAGGAGGAGGGGGAGGACCUCGGUGGCCUGACUGUCGAGCUCUACUCUUGCUUCUUCCGUGAGGUGCUGCUCCCGGACUUCGGCCUCUUCGAGGGCGCCGGCGACGAUACGUCGACGAGCAUCGGGCUGCUGCCUUCGCCCACCGCCGACCUGCAGUCGAUGAACAACAUCGGCCGCAUCAUGUGCCGGUGCGUCCUCGACGACCAGCCCCUCGGCCGCGGGUUCGGCCGGUUCGUCUUCGAGUUUCUGGCGGACGCGCACGAGUGGCGCGUCUUCAAGGACCCGCAGUCCGCGCUCGCCGUGCUCUCCGACUUCGACCCCGAGCUCUCGCAGCGGUGGGCGCAGCUGCUCGUGCAGCCACCCGCAGGCCUGACGCUCGAUUUCUUCGACCCGGGCGCGGCGGACGAGGAGGUGCCGCCGGAGAGCGCGGCGAUGGAGAGGGCGGUGCUGGCCGGCUGCCGCCACAAGCUGCUCACGAUCCGGGAGGCGAGCCUCCGGGCACUGCGUGACGGCUUCACGAAGCCAUCGACUUGCCGCAGCCACGCCGGUCGCGUACUCGAACGACGUCGGCGACCACUCGGGCCGUAG